GUCUCGUUCCGAGGUCGCGGCGCCAAGACGCGGUUUCGAUUCUUGGCCGCAGCGCGCUCUCGAGCCGCGCGCUCUGCUCCCUUCCGGCUCCUCGUCUUCUUCCGCUCGGCAGGAACGCAGCGCCAGACGGGGGAGCUCGCGGGUAGGCGCCAAACGCCGCCGUUGCCGCCAUCGCUGCCGGACGUUUUCCGUCUCCUCGGCUUCCCAACAUGGCAGCGGCGGGCGGCAGCCGCGGGGCCCGCAAGCUGAUGCAUUUGUCUCCACGCGGAGGCGGGGAUCGCACCGUCUUUCUCUUCGACCGGCGCCGGGAGCAGGCGGAUCAGGACGAAAAAGUGCUCAGCUACGGCAAGAACAACUACCGCGGCUUCCGCAACGCCGUGUGCCAGGCAUUUGACAUAUCUUCUGAUGAAAACUUUGUUAUCACCACAACAAACAGAAAAGAAAUUACAGAAGACAACUUCAAAGAACUUGUUCAGGAUGGAGUUACUCUUUAUCUACUACAGUCAGUUGACCAAACCCUGCUUUCAGCAACAAAGGAGAGAAUUGACUUCCUGCCCCACUAUGAUACACUUGUCAAAAGUGGCAUGUAUGAAUACUAUGCCAGUGAAGGGCAAAAUCCUUUGCCAUUUGCUCUUGCUGAGUUGAUUGACAAUUCUCUAUCAGCUACAGCUCGAAAUACUGGUAUUCGAAGCAUACAGAUUAAAUUGUUAUUUGAUGACUCCAAUGGAAAACCAGCUGUUGCUGUGAUGGAUAAUGGAAGAGGAAUGACUUCUAAACAGCUUAACAACUGGGCAGUAUAUAGAUUAUCAAAGUUUACAAGACAAGGUGACUUUGAGAGCGAUCAUUCAGGAUAUGUUCGCCCUUUGCCAGUGCCUCGUAGUUUAAAUAGUGAUAUCUCAUAUUUUGGAGUUGGAGGUAAACAAGCAGUGUUCUUCGUAGGGCAGUCUGCCAGAAUGAUAAGCAAACCUGCGGAUUCUCAGGAUGUACAUGAACUUGUCCUUUCCAAAGAGGAUUUUGAAAAGAAAGAGAGAAACCAAGAAGCAAUAUAUUGUGGAUUCAUUCGAAACAGAAAGCCAUCUGACUCUACUCACAUCACAAAUGAUGAUGAAAGAUUUCUUCAUAGUCUAAUAUUAGAAGAGAGGGAUAAAGAGAGUUUCACAGCAGUUAUUAUUACAGGUGUUCAACCAGAUCAUAUGCAAUACUUGAAAAACUACUUUCAUCUUUGGACAAGGCAGCUGGCGCAUAUCUAUCACUAUUAUAUUCAUGGACCAAAAGGAAAUGAAACUAAAGCUGUGACAAAAGGUGUAAGCCCUUUCAACAACAUUGACAUUGAGAUUUCUAUGUUUGAAAAAGGAAAAGUACCAAAAAUUAUCAAUCUUAGAGAGAUAAAAGAUGAUAUGCAGACACUGUAUAUAAAUACUGCAGCAGAUAGUUUCGAGUUUAAAGCACUUGUUGAUGGAGAUGGUAUAGUGGAAGGAAUAAUCCGAUACCAUCCUUUCCUGUAUGAUAAAGAAACAUUCCCUGACGAUCCAUGUUUUCCAAGAUUAAAUGAUGAUGAUGAUGAUGACGAUGACUGCCUAAUAAUAGAAAAGGGUGCCAGAGGAAAAAGGCCUAUUUUCGAAUGUUUUUGGAAUGGAAGAUUAAUUCCUUACACGACUGUGGAAGAUUUUGACUGGUGUGCUCCUCCAAAGAAGAGAGGAUUGGCACCAAUUGAAUGCUACAACAGGAUUUCUGGUACAUUGUUUACCAAUGAUAAGUUUCAAGUCAGCACAAACAAACUCACUUUCAUGGAUCUAGAGCUGAAGUUAAAAGACAAGAAUACACUGUUUACAAGAAUUUUCAAUGGACAGGAGCAACGAAUGAAAAUUGAUAGAGAAUUUGCUUUGUGGCUCAAAGAUUGUCAUGAGAAAUAUGACAAACAGAUAAAAUUCACAGUCUUUAAAGGAAUAACUACACGUACUGAUUUGCCAUCCAAAAGAAUGCAGAGCCCUUGGGCCAUGUAUUCCUCAAUAGAGUGGGAUGGGAAAACAUUCAAAACUGGGCAGCUGGUGAAAACCAUUAAGACUCUUCCAAUAUUCUAUGGAAGUAUUGAGAAAUUUUUUUUGUAUGGAGACCAUGAUGGGGAUAUAUUUGCCACUGGUGGAGAGGUUCAGAUUGCUUUGGAACCUCAGGCGUUGUAUGCUGAAAUGAAAACUGUUCCAAUCUCAAAACUAGACAGAACAGUGUCUGACAAAGCUGUUAAAAAAUAUAUAGAGGAUGAAAUGGCAAGACUUCCAGACAAAUUGUCAGUAACUUGGCCUGAAGGAGAUGAGUUGUUGCCAAAUGAAACAAGGUUGGCUGGUACACCAAUAGGGGCAUUAAGAAUAGAAAUUCUGAACAAAAAAGGAGAAGCAAUGCAAAAGCUUCCAGGUACCAGCCAUGGAGGUUCAAAGAAACUUCUUGUUGAACUCAAAGUUAUUUUACAUUCACCUGCUGGGAAUAAAGAAAUAAUUUCUCAUAUAAGUCAGCAUGGAGGAAAAUGGCCAUACUGGUUUAAAAAAAUGGAGAAUCUUCAGAAACUUGGGAACUAUACUUUGAAGCUGCAGGUAGUCUUAAACGAAAGUAAUGCAGACACUUACGCAGGAAGGCCUCUGCCAUCUAAAACAUUUAAAUUUACUAUUGUAGAGGGCAAAGCAGAGAAAUUUUCAGUGGGUCUUUUGGAGCUUCCUUUUCGGGUUGGAGUACCUUUUAAUAUUCCUUUGGAAUUGCAGGAUGAGUUUGGUCAUGCAACGCAGUUGACAAAUGAGAUAAAACCAAUUCUUGAAGCUAGUGGAUUGACUUUGCAAUAUGAAGAGUUAACUGCAGGAGCAAAUUGCAUCAUUAAGGGUGUCACUGCUAAAGGCUGUGUAAAUAGUUGCCAGGGCAAGAACUUUAAUCUGAAGGUUACUCUUCCUGGAUUGAAAGAAGACACACAAAUUUUUAAAAUAAGAUUGCAGCCUGGCCCUCCGUAUCAAUUGAAAGUAAAACCAGAUUCUGAAAUUCUUAAGAUUGAAAAUGGUACAGCCUUCCCCUUUCAGGUUGAAGUGUUGGAUGAAUCAGGCAAUAUAACAGCACAGCCAAAACUGAUAGUUCAUUGCAAGUUUUUAGGUGCUUCAAACCUACCUGUGUAUUCUGUGGACUGCAGUAAUGCAGGAACAAACAUUUUAACUGGCCCAGUCAUACACGUACUGAAUAUAAAGAAAGAUCAGAUGCUCAAAGCAAGGAUUGAAAUACCUAGUUGUAAAGAUGUGCCACCAGUGGAAAAGAUGAUUAAACUUCUUCCAAGCAGUCACGUUGCAAGACUGCAGGUCUUAAGUAUGAAUGGACAAAAAGCUAUUCAAAUUAAACAUCAGGAUGAAAUCAACUGGGUUGCUGGAGAUACUAUGCACAACCUUAUAUUUCAGAUGUAUGAUGAAGGAGAAAGGGAGAUACAUAUAACUUCAGCUAUGGCAGAAAAAAUUAAGGUUAACUGGACACCCAAAAUUAACAGAGAACAGUUGAUGCAGGGAUUGUUACCUGAUGUGAAAGUACCAACAUCAGUGAAAGAUGUACGGUACUGUCUAAUAAGUUACCUUGAUGGCCAUGUGUCUUUGGAGAGUGCGUUUACAAUCAGGCCACUUCCUGAUGAACCCAAACACAUUAAAUGCAAAUUAGAAGGGUCAAACACACUCCAGUUGGGGGAAGAUCUACAAGGUGAAAUUGAUGUAAUGAUCACAGAUCAGUAUGGAAAUCAGGUUCAAACAGUGACAUCUGCAUGUACAGGUUACCUAGGAGUUGCAGGGCCUGGACUUGAUAAAUCAAAUUUGCAAAUAACUUGGCAGGAAAGUACAUUUACAAUGAGAGUCAAAGGCAUUCGAUUUAAACCUUGUGCACUUGGAAGCAAGGAACUGUGCUUUGCUUGGCGUGAAUUUUCUGAUUUUCUCAGAGUAAAUUUAACUGCAGGAUCACCUGCUAAAUUGCAAAUUGUGGAUUGGCCAGAGUUAGAAAAGCCUGUUGCAGUGAUUAAUGGUAGAGAAUUGCUGAAGCCCCUUAUUGUGCAACUGUGUGAUCAGUGGGGAAAUCCAUCUCCUGAACCUCAUGUCAAAAUCAGCCUUACAAAGAGUAGCAACCUAAAGAUUGUUCCUUCAAACCACCAACAUAGAACAGAUGACAAUGGUAGGGCUAACCUGGGAGUUAUUAGUAUUCAUGCACCUAGGGGAGAGCACACUUUACAGCUUAGAGCUUCAUACAACAAGAUUGCAUUAGAGUGUCCUGUUAUUACAUUUAAUGUCCUUCCUGAUCCUGACAAGCCUAUCCGCUUGAAUGUUAAAUAUGACAAAAAUGCUUGUUUUCCAGCAGGAGGCACCUUUCCUGAUUUUAUGGUUAGUGUUCUUUCUGAAGAUGAAAAUAUUAUCAGAAAUAUUAGUCCAGCACGUAUUUCUAUGAAAAUGUGGAAAGGACAGGGCAGCGGAAAUAGGAUACCAACUGAUGUUACAGCAUUUAGCUGUAGUAAAAUAAAGGAUGACAAGGAAGAUGGCUUCUUUUAUUUCAGGGAUAAGGUGAUUCCAGAGAGAGUGGGCACUUACAGUAUCCAGUUUACUUUUGCAAUGGAUAAGACAAACAUGCUCAGCAGUGACCAGAUUAUAGUUGAAGUUGUACCUAAUGACCCAGUCCGCUUGUUACCUGAUUCUUUACCAGCUACUCCAGCAGUUUCCAAUGUGCGAACAGUCACAAGCCGUACACUGGUCAAGAAUUUAUGCCUCCACAUAAUGGAUGAAUACAACAAUCGCACUGGAGCUGACUUAAUUGGAAGAGUAAUAGCAAAAAUUAAGAGCCCCAAUGAAGAUGAUACAGAGAUCCCACAGUUUCAAGGGAAGAUCAGUACAAUUGAGUUCCCAUUUGACAGAGGAUCAGCUGAAAUUACCCUAGUGCUGGCUGAAAACAGUCCUGGAAGAGAUAGUACUGAAUAUAUUCUUGUAUUUGAGCCAGACCUGCCAGCUUUGAAAAAACCUUUGGAACCAUAUCGUCUGUCAUUUAUGUUUUAUAAUGAUUUCAAGAAGCAGCAACAGAUGGCAACACUUACAAGGGAGAGAGACCAAUUAUCUCAGUCCAUAGGUGUUUAUAGAAAUUGGUUUGAUACUACUAAUCAGCUUGUAAAUGAAAUGAGAUGUCAAGUUAAAGAAGCUGAAACAAGAGAAAUUCACCUGAGAAAUGAACUGAGGAAACACCAAAUUGAAUUACCACAGACAAACACACUUCAGUAUGUGGAUUCUCUUAUAAAACAAAAGAUGUUGGAUCAAGAUGGACUAAUGAAACAGCCAAGGAGGACUUGUACCCUCCCAAACUAUCCAAAAGGCAACCAAGAUAUUUUAGGGAAGAUUGCACAUUUAGCACAAAUUGAGGACAAUGAAGCAGCAAAAGUUAUCUCUUGGCAUCUCGCCAGUGACAUGGACUGUGUGGUCACAUUGACUACUGAAGCUGCUCGUUCUAUUUUUGAUGAAACACAAGGUCGGCAGCAGGUGUUACCUCUUGAUUCUAUUUACAAGAAGACACUCCCUGAUUGGAACAGGCCUUUACCUCACUUAAGAAAUGGAAAAAUCUGCUUCAGACCUGUAGGAAAUCCUGUAUUUGCCAGAGAUUUGUUAACAUUUCCAGAUAAUGUAGAGCACUGUCAAACAGUGUUUGGGAUGCUUUUGGGUGACACUAUCAUCAUAGAUAACUUGGACGCUGCAAACCAUUACAGAAAAGAGGUAGUAAAAAUUACACAUUGCCCUACAUUGCUGACUAGGGAAGGAGACAGGAUUCGCAGCAAUGGAAAAUUUGGAGGCCUUCAGAACAAAGCUCCUCCAAUGGACAAACUGAGAGGAAUGGUAUUUGGAGCACCUGUGCCAAAACUUUACUCUGCUUUCACUGGGCAGAUAGAUCUUCUACAGCAGUACCGUGCAGCAGUUGUGAAACUUGACGAUGUGAAUAAAGACCUUGAUUUACAUUUGAGAUCGCUUAACACUCCAGAAAUGCUGAAGAAAAAACAAGAGCUUGCCGAACAAGAGAAAAGCCUCAUGCUUAUAGAACAAAAAUUGGGUAUGACUCCCUCAGAUAAAGUCUCUGAAUUGUUAGUUCAGCCUACAAUCCUUGAUAUGCCUGACACCCCCAUCCCUCCCAAAAGAAUGCGAAAAGAAAGUGUAAAAAAAUUGUAUAGCUCAGAAGAAUGGGUUUCCUCUGCUGCUAAGAAGCAGCUACAGCAACAGCAACCACUGCAGAUACCACCUUCAGAAUUUAAUGGAACUACACGAAAGAGAAAGGCAUAGACUGAUGACUCUUGCUGGAAACAUCUAUAGAUUGAAAAUGUGAAUAAAUGCAGUUAAAGGAAAUAUUCAUGUUGUAUUACCUGUUACUACAAAGAUUUUUAUACUGAUAAAAGAUAUAAAUGUAUUUCAGUUAGUAGUAAGAAAAAUUUAAGUGUCUAACGUUGAUAGCCUAAUUUUUGUAUAGUUAAUUUUCAUUUCCAAAAGCUUUCAGAGUUCUUAUGUUCAUGUGUGGAAAAAAGAAAUUUAAGAUAUAUCGUUUUUUAUUUAUGAAAAAAAUUCAAACUUUUCAAUAAAAUUGCUGCAAUACAAAACACUGUCAAUGUAAUUGUAAUAACUGAGUCAGCAGACUGAAACUUUUUGUUUCAGGCUGGCUAGGGAAAGAGAACUUUCAGGGCUGCUCUUCUUUGAUUGAUGGAUUGUCAAGGGAUUGUAAUAUCAAUUAACAAGAGAGGGUCGGAGACUCAGCGUAAUGAAAUCUAACCACAGUCAUUUGUAGUUUUCAAGAUAGUUAACAGAAAGCCAUUAUUUAAGGUGAUGUCCAAGAUGUUAACAUAGAAAUUUAUAUCUCCCUCAGAAAUUUCUCCUUAAUGGAGGAAGAAAGUAAUGACUUGUGAGUACAAAAAGCUUAACAGCUUUACUAGGAAGCUGUUCUGUGGACAAGGAAAGUUGCUAAGGAUUACAUUUCAUGGAUGCAGUUGAGAUGUAUUAUUAUCCCAGUGCUAACCUCUUAAUAUCUCGAUUACAGCAACACUCACAGAACAGCCUUACUGCUAAGCAGAUAAAAAUCAGUCCACGACACCAAAAGUGUAACUGGGACAUAAUGAUUUCAGUAGGAAAUGGUGAGAUCACAAAGGGAGAAAGAAAAAUGAUUAGUCUGUGUAUGCUUUUUAAGAGUUAGAAAUAGAGACUAAAACAGGAGGUAGAAUAAUCAUGAGGAAAGUGUAGAUAUCUGAACAGCAUUUUGUUUUGUAAGGAUUUCUCUUGUUUUAAAACUUACAUCAGUAGAUUUUGUUGGCUUCCUUAAAUGCCUAAAGCAAAUUAAAUUUUUUUGAAGUUUAAAAAAUAGUCUUAAAAUACAAGAGAAAAUAUUCCAACUGGUAAAUGAGACUACAAAAAAGUGAGAGGGAGAAUCAAAGGUAAACUGUAGUCUUCUGAAUGCAUUGCGAGGAUGUUAUCAAUUUCUCCAGUAAAAAAAUAUAUAUAUAAGUUUUCUGAAAAGGGUCUUCAAACUUAAAAAAGACAUUGUGCCAUCCUGCUGUAAGUCUCAUACUGCUGAUCCCUUUAUGACAUUUCUACUUAAACUUCUCCAAUUUAUGUAUACAACACAUAGUAGGUUAGGAGAGUGUAUGGGAACUACUGAAUCACAGCCUGAACCUCUGAUUGACCACCUUUGGCAAGCAAUGAGUCAGCCACGGGAGCAUAGGUGAAGGUAAUUCAUCUGUGCUACCGGAAGGGGUGAAGCUUGGCUCUACUAGAUCUCAUUUAAGUGCUGACUGCCACUGAGGAAGGAUCUCUUCCUGGAGAUCACUCUGUGUGGCGAAUAUUGCAAGCCUACAACGUUGGUAAGCAUUUUCCACUUGUCAUCUGUCUAUUGUGAUAAUCUUACUUAGCCUAAAACUCAGUACACCAAUUGAUUUUACAGCUCUGUAAGCUUAUUGAGAGAGGUUCUACAAACCUCAUGUCUUAAUGAUAAUUGAAUUAUUUAGAUAUCAAAUUGUACUGUUUUCAAGGAAAAUAUUUAUUUACUUGAAUAUAGCAUGUAACAUCAGCAAAGGCACAGUUAUUUUCCUGUUUUUUGUUGAACCAAGCAGCUGUAAUGGAGAGUUUGCUGUCCUGCCACACCAUACUCAUUAACUACAACUACUUAGUACUUCUUGUAAAUGCUUUUAUUUUCUUACUGACAUCUACCUCACCUCAGCCUCUGGAUGAUCUUGAAGUUUAUUAGAUUAAAUGCCUACUCUAACAGAAGUGCUUACUUUUGAAAUUUAUCUCUGGACUUCAGUGGUCAGAACUACUGUUAAGUGAAGCAUCUCCCUCGUGGAAGGAGCAAACAGGAAAUUAAGAAUGAUUUCCAGAGUUGUGCAACAGUCAUCAAAGACUUCAGGGAAUUUCACCAGUGGAAUCUUCAGGAGUUUUCUUCAGAAUUAUUGAAAAUUAAUCACAGCAGAAGUUCUGCUUUGAAUAGCUAUUUAGGACCAUCCAUCUGGUCCUGAAAGAGCCUUUAAGCUCUUAAGGUAAGUGUCAAUUUUUUCCUUACUGAUUCUUUACUCUAAAACUACGGUAUGUAUGAUUUGUUCUCUGAUUUCACCAGGGACUGAGUGAGAGCUGUGCGGGAAACAAGAGGAAGUGGUUCUUGCUGAGGCCUGAGCCAGCUCAUGGGAACAGGGAAGUGGUUUCUGAUUCACCCCAGAAGCAUCCUUGGGUGUGGGGAUGGACCUUCUUUUUUAUAGGCAGACUCCUCAAGUUUACUUACUUUUUAAUUACUUUUUUUCCAUGUGAUAGCAGAAAAAGAGCAUUGUUUUUAGAAGUACCUUUUCAUCUCUUUUCUUAACCCAUAGGACAGGCUUCCUUAAUAGAAGCGUUAUUAUUAUAGUACUUACAGUGUAUAUGAUCAGAGCAUUUGGUUGAGGUUGUGGUGGUGUCAUUUUGCAGACAUUUAAGAAAGCGUUGGCAAGGAACUGUCGUGAAAACACUGUUUGCCUUCAUGCAUCAAAUUUUCUCCCAAAUAAUUCUGCUUCCUGUCAUAGUUUCGUCUGGGACAGAAUGGUUUUCUUCAAUACAGUGGUACAAUGCUAUGUUUUGAUUCUAGGAGCAAAACAAUGUUGAAAAAGUACCAAUAUUUAUUUAUAGUUGCUGCUAAGCAGUGUUGUACAGAGCCAAGGCCUUUGGCAGCGAAGGGCCCGAGGAGUUAGGAGGGAACAGAAUUAGGACAACUGACUUAAACUGGCCAAAGGGAUAUUCCAUACCAUGUGACGUCGAGCAGAAGCUUUGAAGGGUGUGGGAGUUAGUGUUUCUUCUGCUGCUCAGGGGCUAGCUGGGCAUUGGGGAUCAUAGUCAUGGAAUUGCUCAGGUUGGAAAAAACCUUAAAGAUCAUCAAGUGCAACUGCAACGUAAUCAAACUGCCCUAACUCUAACAGCCCUCUGCUAAAUCAUGUCCUUGAGCGCCACAUCUAAACGGUUUUUAAACAUAUUCAGGGAUGGUGACUCACUCACCUCCCUGGGAACCUAUUCCAGUGCUUAACAACCCUUUCUGUAAGGAGGUUUUCCCUGGUGGUGAGCCCAUCAUGAGCCCAUCCCAUCAUGGGAUGGUGACCAAGUGCUUGUGCAUCAAUUAUUAUAUGCAUAUAUAUAAUAUUUGUCAUAAUUAUUACCCUUUUAUCUGUCCCUAAAUAGUUUUAUCUCAACCCACAAAUUCUACUGUGUUGGUCUUUUUUUUUUUUUCCUGAUUCUCUUCCCCAUCCCAGUGGAAAGUGGAAAGAGUGAAUAAACAACUGUGUGGUGCUCAGGCCAGGCACCUGCAGGGUUAAACCACAGCAGGUUUUUUUCAGUAUUUAGGAAGAAAAGGCUAGGCAAGAUUUCAUGUCAUUAGCACUGCAAGUGUAAUUGCUUUCACCGAGUCAACCAGCACUGAACAGAUCUGCAGUUGAUCCCUUCACCUGCUUGGACGCAGUCCAAUAUAGAAGCUCAAAUUAGUUCUAGUAUUUUCCUUUUUAAAACUCUGUUUGCUUAUCUAGGAAUCACAAACACAUUGCUGAUGGGAACAGUAGUGCUAUCUUUCAGCAUGAGGUAAGCAUUAGCCUCCUUUUCUGCCUGUUCCUGCAGUGGGUGUAUCCUGUGAUUUUGACAUUCCUGUCACACCAGAUCAUCUCCCCAGGCUGCAGCAAACAGCGAUCAUUUCUGUUUCAUAAGAGGUAUAUACAUGUGUAUGUGCAUUCGAAUAGGUAUGUUUAUGUGUGUGUAUAUUUAUAGUUUUAUACAUAUAUAGUUAUAUAUAUGUUACUUUGUUACGUAUUUCUGUGAACAGGCUCUUCCACACCCACUGCUGUUACAAAAAUGCACAGAAUUGCAAUGGAGCUGCACUAGAUGUGCUUGAACUGCACAGCCACUCUAUUCUCUUCAUGUAGUAUGUCUUCUCUACUGUGAAAUAGUUCAAGGGACAGCAGGCUCCAUUGGAGUAAACAAAACUGAUGUAUGAAUGUGUGCACAUACACUAAUUAAAAGCAAUUUUAUUUUAAGCUAGCCUAUACAUAAAACCGGGGCAAAUGUUCAGAUGUUACCGGCAAGCCUUUGGUUUGCAAAUAUAUCAAUUCCAUAAUUUUUACUGGAUGUGUGGGUUCCCACAGUUCUCACCAGUUUUUAUAGGACUGAAUUUAUGAGAGCUCUAAAGAAAUCCCACUCACUGGUGUUUUGGACUGAGUUGGAAAAGACCCACAAAGAUCAUGCAGUCUAACCUCUGACUCCACACAGACCACCCAAAAUCCAACCCCUAUGGCUGACAGCGCUGUCCAAACACUCCUUGAACCCCAGCACUUGGGGCUGUGCCCGCAGUCCUGUGGUGCAGCACCUGUCCCCAACCCCCAGCUGCCCUCCCCUCACACAGCUCCAUGCUGUUCCCUCAGGCCCUGUCGCUGUCACACAGAGCAGAGCUCAGCGCUGCUCCUCCGCUCCCUGAGGAGCUGCAGCCACUAUCAGGCCUCCCCUCAGCUCCUCUGCUCUGUGCUGAGUACAGCCAGGGACCUCAGCUGCUCCUCAUCCUUAGUGCCCUCUGAACCAUUCUCCAUCUUUGCGGCUCUCCUUUGGACACUCUUAACAGUUUUAUCUUUAUACACAAGAAAAGAUUUUGUAAGGGUUUUUGUUUUUGUUUUUUUCCGUUCUUACAUGCAAUAAUCUAAUCUAAUCUGUUUGCCUGAACUAUGUCAUGUUAACUUUUUAGCAAAGGAAUGCUAUGUUCUUGUAGCUUGAUGGAGAUUUAGCAGGCUCUACUUUCCACUAUCCACUCCUUUAUCCAUCACUCUAUAACU